UGAAUGAGCUGUUUGUUGGGAAAUUAUUAUUUUCAUGGCUUCCUUCAUUUCCAGUGGUUCCACAUCCUAGUUUGCACUUUGCAGAGCUGGGAAAAGCAAGCUGCAAACAAUACAGAAAGAUCGGUUGGUCUCUUUCCGAAUUGGUGGUUUGCCGAAGAUGUACAAAUUGAGACCCCUGUUGUUUCUGAACCAGCAGUGCUCGUCCAUGGCGGCGAUGAAACCUGUGAGACUGAUGCGGGUAAUGAGCCAAAGGGCUUCACUUUCUUCUUCUGCUGGGAAAUGGGAAGGUGGGGUUUCCAUGGUGCAGGGUGCUUCCAGAGGAAUUGGCCUGGAAUUCGUUAAACAAUUGUUGGAGAAGGAGAAAGGUCAUGUUGUUGCUAGUUGCCGUAAUCCUGAGGGGGCAACUGGUCUUCAUCAUCUGAAAAGUAAAUUUGGCGAACGCCUUAGUGUUCUACAAUUGGAUGUGACCAAUGAAAGCACCAUAGAGCAAUCUGCAAAGUCUAUCGGCAAAAGAUAUGGUUCUUUAAACCUUCUAAUCAAUGCAUCUGGGAUUCUUUCAAUACCUCAAGUAUUACAACCAGAAACGACGUUGAGGAAAGUAGAGAAGUCAUCGUUGAUGCUUGCUUACGAGGUUAAUGCUGUAGGUCCUGUUUUAGUGAUCAAGCAUAUGUGGCCUCUCUUGAAGGAUGGAGGCGGCUCUGGAACUGACAGGGAUGUUGCAGUUGUGGCCAACUUGAGCGCCAGGGUGGGAUCUAUAGGGGAUAAUCGCCUUGGGGGUUGGCAUUCUUAUCGAGCUUCAAAAACUGCACUUAAUCAACUGACGAGAAAUAUAUCGGUGGAAUUUGCACGGAGGAAGGAUCCGAUUACAUGCAUUUUAUUGCACCCAGGUACGGUGGACACAGAUCUCUCCAAGCCAUUUCAGAGAAAUGUUCCUGAAAACAAACUUUUCACAACAGAAUUCUCAGUACAGAAGCUCUUAAGCAUCAUUCUCAAUGCAAAAAGCCACGAUAACGGCAAGUUUUUCGCCUGGGAUGGCCAGGAAAUUCCGUGGUGACCGUUGAAUUAUUUCGAUAUAGGAAGGAUGGAUAAGUUAUUAUUGAGUUGAAAUAUGUAAGCCUUCAAUUGAUAUCAGAAUCACAAACAUAUGUGCCUUUAUUGUUUGACCUAAAGUUAAUAUUUGAACCAAAAUCAUCGUAUGGUUGAAACUA